CAGCCGCGCGAGGACAACGAAAGAAAGGAUGAGGAUUUUUUUCCCUGUGUUGUGCCGCUCUAGCCCUCCCCCUCGAUGACCGGCGCCUAGAAAAGGGUGGAAAAGGGGGACAACUGAGCGCGGGGCUUCCUGCCGGAAGUGGCGCGAGCAGGGGCGGGGCGACGAGCGCGCCCUGAAGGAAGGGGAGACAGGGGAAGCGUGAGGCGGAGCCGGCGGAGGGGGCCCAUGGCCUGGUCCCGGAGGCCGCCGCCUGGAGAAGGAGGAUGAGUACGUGUUAUUGGUGUACCCCUGGUGGUCCCAAUGCUGUCAGUUUUCUACAAAGCUAUGCUUCCAAGGCGUUGUCCCCCGAGGAACUUGCUGCAGCCAACGAUGACCUCCGCUACUGUGUGGAGUGCGUGGAUGAGUACCACAAAGCAAGGGAUAAGGUACCAUCACUGCAAAAGGUCCUGUGGUAUUUGGAAACGACUCGCCUUAUUGACCACUUGGAGAAAACCAUGCGCAAGAGAAACGAACCCCCUGAUUUAUACAUUGUGGAGGGAGACAAGGAAACACCGUGCUGCGGUUACACCAGCUCUGACCUGGAGAGAGACCUCAGUAUCCCUUUGCUUGAAAUACUGAAGUACCCCUACCUGCUGCUUAACGAGCGUCUCAGCGACUUGUGUGUUGAGGCUCUUUUCGAAGUGGAGAAAAUCAACUACAGCUAUGAGGUUACUGGCAAACAUCCAGGGAUUUAUCUGCUUGUGGUUCACCCUAACGAGCACAUCCGGCGAUGGGCCAUCCAAACAGCCACGAAUCUGGGGCAGGUGGACAGGGACGACUACUACGACAUACAGGAAGUGUUCACUUGCCUGCUCAAAGUGAUUGAGUUGGGCUUGUUUGAAAAUCCCAGUAUUUAUAAUUCUGCGGUAUUAGAGGAGGGAAAACUUAUUCUGUUGCCCCCCCAUCUCUAUGAUACCAGCGACUACAAAAGCUACUGGCUGGGCAUCUGCAUGUUGCUUUCGGUAUUGGAAGAACAGGCGAUGGAUUCCCUGUUACUUGGCCCAGAAAAGCAGAAUGACUUCAUGCAUUCCAUACUGUCCACAAUGGAGAAACACACGGAGGAUGAGAAGCAGGACCCUUUCUGGCCAGCACUGCAGUGUUUCAUGGUGAUUUUGAAUCGGCUCGGGGCCAAAGUGUGGGGUCAGCUGAUGGACCCAAUCCAGGCAUUUCAAACCAUUAUCAACAGUCCAAGUUACAAGAACAAAAUCAAGCGCAUUCGUCAGAGUUGCAGGAGGACUAAAACUGAGCCAUUCUCGGACUAUGGAGAUGAUAUGAUUACCUCCAGCCAGAUUGUGUAUAACUAUUGCACAGAAAAACCCCAAAAGGAAGCUGGGUGGAAGGCUGCAGCUGUUUGGACCGACUACUUGCGCAACUUGCACGAGGACAUGCACGCUCUGGCCAGCAUGCUUCAGUCCGACUCCGAUCAAGAGGAGCAGUGGCACAGCAGCACGUUCCUGUGGUUCAUCCCUUUCGUCCAUUCCCUCAUGGACCUGAGCGAAGGAAUCCCCUACAUCAUGAAGGUCAUCUGCCACCUGUGUUUCGAAAUCAACCGGGUCUUCGGUGAAGCCGUCCAGUAUUGCGACAAGGCGUCCGAACGCUUCAUCCUGAUCCUGGUUUCUGUGGUGCAGCUCCACUUGUCAAAAGGGUGCCUGCACUUGUUGUGGGUCAGCUCGCAGUUCUGGGUGGAGGCCGUGGUGAAAUGUGCUAAACUUCCCAGUACAGCCCUUACACCCGGUGGCGAGGGGGCUCUCCGAAGCUUCCCGAGGACCGGAGGGGCGAUCUCGUCGCAGGGACCGUGCUCCGUCCAGCUCAUCUGCAUGAGGCUGAUCAGGAGCCUUCUGAAAGAGGCCUACCAGCAGGGGCAACAGGGCAGCAGCAAAGUCUUCCUCGACAAGCUCAAUUUACUUUUGCGCAACGACAACGUCUCUCAGGGCUGGCAGCUGAGCGCCGACGACACCAAUGAAUUGCAAGCGUGCCUCCUGAGGUUCAUUCAGAGUAUCGAUGGCAAACGGUUGACUGCCGCCUCCCACGGGGAGAAUGCUGCAGCCUGUAUCUCCCCGCCUCUUUUUUCAGUAAAGCAAGAAAAAGAUGUGUGGGGCGACAGGCAUCCAGUGAACGCAUCCUCCGAGCAGACCGCUCAUCUGCCGUUAAGGGCGAAUGAAGUCUGCCAGCAAGGCCUGUCCCCCAGGAGAGCCUCUAGUCUGCGGGAGGAACGCAGGGAAGUCUCUUGCGGAGACCAGACUCUGCGGAAGAUUUCAGAAUGCCCUGUGCCCCUCAUCAAGAAAGAGCCAGAAGAGAGAUCUGUACAGGAAGGGGAUAACUUGGGCUGCUCCAAGUUAGCAAAUGGACCCAAGAAUGUCCUGAAUAAAGAAUACAGUCCCCAAGACCCGGGGAAGGAGAGGGAGAGCAAUUCCACAUACAAAAGUAACUUUGAGCAAGGCCUCCAGAAUCCAGGGACCCUUGAUAGUAACGGAAAGGAGAUAAGGUCUAGAACUUCCAAAUGUUUGCCUGCUCCUGAAAAGGUUUGCGAUGGCAGGAAUGGCCACAGUGGCUCAGAGGUCAGCGUGGCCCUGCAUAAUCUUGCAAACGUCAAAAUCCUAUUGGAGAAGUCCAGCUUUACCUCUAAAUUAAAGCAGUUCAUCAACAAUAAUAAGAGAGGAGCUCCCAUGUUUGACUCAAUCACAGAAAAGCAGCAGUCCGUCAAAGACGAGAGUAGAGGUCAGGAGGAGCGGACAGGUGAAAUGAGUGGCUCGUCAAGCAUGCGCAAGCCGGAGUUGAGCUCAGGUGAUGCUUCUGAAGACAAGCCGCUCUGCCCCCCCAAGAAAUCCAUAAACAGUGUGGCAGAAUGUAGCAGUGUUUCAAAAGCAGAGUUUGAUUUGGAAGACAGUAGCAGCGAAGAUGAAAACAUUCCAUAUUCAGUGAUCAGGAAGGAGCUGAUAAAAACUAAAUUGGCUGCUGUGACCACCCCGCUCUCGGACUCUCAGGUUGAUAGAGACCUCAGUAGACUGUCCCUAGCAGCCUAUGCCAAAGGAAUCAAUUUUCCCAGUGAUUCGAGCCAAGAAAGCCCCGUGCAUGAGCAGAGCUGCAUUCGGAGGAAAGUUGGAGGUGCUGUUAGAUCGUGUUCCGACAGGCAGAGCAACCAGUCGUCAUCCGGAGGUGAUGAACCGGGCGAUCCAAUCAUUGUUAUUUCUGAUUCUUCUUCAGAUGAGGAUAAAAAGAAAGGGAUUGGGGCAAGUGGGCAAGAGAGAGAGAACAUAGACACAAGUCUUCAGAAGCAGUCUGGUGGUGCGGUGGAAGAAUCUGGAGGUCAGGAUUUCCCCCCUGCCUCUAAUUCACCUCUCCUGGUUGAAGAAUGUGAAUCGCAGUGUUUUGAGUUUGAAACGGAGGAUGAGAUCUACUCAGCCUGGCAAGACAGCCAGUGGGAUGAGGAGGCGGCAGACCUCCCAGAGGAACAGGGCCUACCAGGAAAACCAGGAAACAGCGGUAUACAGUGUGACUUGGAGACUGGAAAGCAAACAAACGACCAAGAUUAUGACACCGACUAUCUUGGGGAAGAGGUCACUGAAAAAGCGGCAGAGGCUUUUGAGCUGCAGGUAAACUCGAGGAAACACGGCGGAGCUGAAAAGCUCGAUAAGGAAGCAGCUGUCAGCAAAGAGAACAGAGAGUCUUUUCCAGAUUCUGAUGGAGAAUGUUCCAGGCACGAAAAUCAACGUUUGCUCAGCCCAUCAACCUCCGCUUGUUCCUCAGUAUCAAGAUCCGCUGAUGAAAAAUCAAAAACAAGGGCAAAUAAACAUCCAGCAAAACCCCAACUGCUUAAUAUGACUAAGAAGAGAGCUGAGAAAGGAAAUCUCAAACCAAAUACUCACCACAAAAAAUCGCCACAGAUCAAAACUUUCAGGUCUGCCCCCGCUGUGGUCCCGCCGAAGAAAGUUCAUGAGUAUCCUCGGCCGACGUUGACUGUGGAAAAACUCGGGUUGAAAAAAGCACCGCGUAGGGCUGCUGAGCUCUCUCAGCGUUCUCUAGACUGUCUCGCCGAAUUGCGCAGCUACGGCAAAGCCGCUGGGGAGCUGGGUCUCGCGCAUCAACGCAAGUCCAAGCUAAUUCCAGCUCGCAGUCUGGCCGUUAAAAAUAGAAAAAUGUUAGCUUGCCAAGAUCUGCAGUUCUACCGACAAUCAAGACCAAACGUCACAGAGAGAGGUCAGCGGACUCAUGGAAGAAGUCCUGAGAAUCAGCCGCCCAAAACAACCAAAAAGGCAGGUUCCAAGCAGACUGUUCCACGGGUUGCAAGCGGGGCUGCAGAUGAAAUUCAGAAGGAGAGAGCUGAGCGCUUCAGUAACUCCGCAGACGGCGGAAGCAAGCAGUUUCGUCAGCAUUCGCUGGAGAGAGCGGAAGUUCAGGCCACCUCUGUCUCUCCAGGGAACAAGGAGUUCUCAUUGACUGGUCGGUCCGCCAAUAUUGAUACGAACGUUGAAGAAAACGCAGCAGUUGUCACGCCUUUUCUAGGCUCCGCUGAAACGGAAGGUGCUAAAACGGACCCCGUGAGCCCUUCGUCUCCCUUCGCUACCCCUUGGGAUAAAGCGGUUUCAAAAGAGACGGAAUCUAAAUUAAACGAGGACGGCGGAGAAGAUGAUGACCUGUUUUUAACACAGAGAGUCCCAGAGGAUAUGGAGAUCUGUUCGCAAGUGGAAAAUGGCAUAGUCGUGGCGGAAAAUGUUCCUGAGACCCCCUUGCAGGGCCGCUUUGUAAAUACCGACAUAUGCAGGCAUGCUGGGUGUGCUGAGAAAGUUAAUAAAGCAGGGACGUACUGCUUACAGCAUGCCGCUCUGGACCACGUCUUCGUCAAGCCUCUUCCGCCCAAAGCUCCGACGGCAAAAAUUUUCAGCCUCAGUUCUUCGAGGAGUGCCAGCCUCACCAAGGACCUGGAGAACACUCAUAAGCCCUCUCUGCCUUUGAAGAGUAAACCGACUUUAAAGAUGGACGGGAUCAAGCACUUGUCGUUCAUGAACGUUCUGGGGCCUCGGAAUUCAAACAACCAUCCUCAAUUACAGCACGUCCCAAGUAACCAUGCUGUGGAAAUUGCGAAGCCGUGGCCAACCUAUGGGAUUUGCGCUGGGCAAGAGAAGCGCCUGCGCUUCCCGCAAGGAAACCAUGUUAACACCCAGAAGAGAGAUUAUAGCGUUUUCAACAAAGAGGUCCUAAAGUGGACCUAUGAGAUGUUUGCAAGAUUCAGCCAGUUUGGGGUGCCGGAAAGCCUCCUUCAGUCAAUUGUGGCCGCAGUUCCAGCCAGAUUUCGGGACUACGACGACUAUUUUGAUACGUUUUUUCCCUUAAUGAUGCUCAAUGCUUUUGAAACGGUAGCACAAGAGUGGCUAGACAAUCAGAAACUGAAGCCGGCAAAGGAAUUCCUCUUGAAAUUAUCGAACCUCAGUGCUGACUCAAGCGUAGCAGAUUUUACAGCUGAGAUUCAGGAAAGCGACCUGGAGAGCCAGCUGCAACCCAAGGAGAGCGACUUGGUCUUCUUAAUGGUCUCCAAAAAACAAAACCCUUACAGUGAAGAAAGUGGAGACCGGAAUUUUGAAUUAGCAUCUGCGGCCGGGAAGCUUAGUGCGGAUUUUACAUAUCUUUUCCCAGGUACCAUCAGUCCACUUGAAGCUACAGAGAGGAAAGAGCAGCGGGUCGUCUGCCGCUUGUCCAUCCAGACACAAGGCAACUCAUCCUUCAUCGGUAAGGAAUUCAGAUGCGUGGUGGUCAGCUCUCUGGUGACAACGCAGCGCAGAUUCAAGGCGCUACUUCUGCUGAGCCGGAGCCCUCUGGCCGUGCCCAUCUACAGGGCGAGUUAUGCCAGCUUCUGCCCCCAGGGCAUACACACGGAGUCUGGGAAUGCGGUUUCCGACAUCGCGGAUUACAACGAAGAUCAGAAGAGGGCCAUUGAGGCAGCUUAUGCCAUGGUGAUGAAGCCGUCGGUCCCCCAGAUUUGCCUGAUCUAUGGUCCGCCUGGGACAGGGAAGUCGAAAACGAUCACCGGCCUUCUGUAUCGCAUCCUGACUGAGAAACCUGGAAAGGGAAUUCCUGUGCACAGCCUGAAUGCCAAAAUUAAACACAAUCGAGUGCUGGUUUGUGCGCCGUCCAACGCUGCUGUGGAUGAUCUGAUGAAAAAAAUAAUACUUUUCUUCAAGGAGAAGUGCCAAGACAGAGCAAAUCCUUUAGGAAACUGUGGUGAUAUCAGUUUGGUGAGACUGGGACAAGAGAAGUCCAUCAGCAAAGAGGUCCGAAAGUUCAGUCUGAAUGACCAAAUCAGAAACCGAAUGAAUAGAGGGAAGUUUGGCAAUGACCAAGAUCUGCACCGGAGGAAGGAAGAAUUGGACCAACAGCUGGACAUGCUUUCUCGUCAGCGAGCGACGGAGAGGAAGACUCAGGAGAAGAGGCAACAACUAGACGAUGAGAUCUGCAGACUUUCAAAGGAGAGGGAGCGGCUGGCUCAUCAACUGAAGGAGGUCCGGGGAUGGUCUCAGGGCUGGCGAAUCAUCCUGAGUCUCCGUCAUCUGCUAUGCGGCUCAGCAGUGGCGAGUUGCCUGGAAUCGGCAUUCGAACGGUCCUGCAGCUCAGCUGCGUCAUUGUGGGGCAGAAGUGGCGGGCAGGGACAGUUGGUGAUGUCUACGUUAUGUGCAGAAGCAGAGACAACUUCCUUGGAUCCAAGAGCGGGGCAGGCCUGUGAGGUUGAAACUCUCAUUCCGCUUAUUCAUGGCUGCCGGAAGCUCGUCCUGGUUGGUGAUCCCAAGCAGCUCCCUCCGACUGUAAUCUCCAUUAAAGCUCAGGAUUACGGCUACGAUCAGUCUCUGAUGGGCCGCCUGUACACACACCUGACGGAGCAAGUGCAGCAGAACGUGAUCAAGGACCUCCCAGUGCUGCAGCUGACCAUGCAGUAUCGGAUGCACCCGGACAUCUGCCUCUUUCCCUCCAACUACAUCUACGGCCGGGCCCUGAAAACCGACAAGGAAACCGAAGCGAAUCGAUGCUCUUCGAAAUGGCCCUUCCAGUCGUAUUUGUUGUUUGAUGUGCGAGACGGCCAGGAGGAACGGGAGAGUGACUCCUUUGCAAAUAUCCAAGAAGUGAAGCUGGUGAUUGAAUUAAUGAAGUUGAUUAAGCAGAAGAAGAAGCAAAUGGACUUCCACCACAUUGGAAUCAUCACCCCGUACAACGCACAGAAAAGGAGAAUCCUGAGAGAGCUGAAUAAAACCUUUGGAGAAAACAGAGCCAGCGAAGUGGACACAGUGGAUGGGUUCCAGGGCCGUGAGAAGGACUGCAUCAUCGUGACCUGCGUCCGAGCAAACAGCACCCACGGCUCCAUUGGGUAA